CAAUUCAGCCAGUUGAUCAAUUUGAAGGUCUGCUGUCACGCACCCUGCUCACCGUAGCGACCAGCCGUGCGCAUUGCUCCAUGCCUGCGGACAACGUGCACAGGUUCAGCACCGCACUGAGGUGGACAGCAUGCUUACGGACAGACGGAAAGAAUCACAGUCUCUUCCAUAGAGACAGAGGUUCCAUCCGUACAGUAAGUGCAUAACGCGGAGAAGUAUUUGCCGGCUCUCAAGGGCUGCAUCCUUUUCGUCAGAGGGGACAACAUGGGAAGAACAUUGAUCAUUAAAAUGUUAAUCUCAAGCAUUUGAUGAUAACAAGAAGGAUUUCGGAAAAGUGCCAACGAAGGAUUUUAGCGGCUUGUCUGCGAUUUGUUUCAUAGCCCAGGACUUAUAAGUUGCUCAUGAGAAUGGAAAAGCCAAUGCAGCCUCAGUCAACCAUGUCCAAGAGCGCAGAAGGUCCGUCAGAGGACCUCCCCAAACUUACGGAUGAGGAGCUUCUGAAAUGGAGCAAGGAUGAGCUGGUGCGCCGGCUGCGCAAAGCCGAAGCCGAGAAGAUGAGCGUGAUAGUGGACCACAGCAAUCUCAUCCGAGAGGUGAACCGCAGGUUUCAGCAGCACCUGAACGAGAUACGUGGUUUGAAGGAGGUGAAUCAGAAGCUCCAGGAGGACAACCAGGAGCUACGAGAUCUCUGCUGCUUUCUGGAUGACGAUCGGCAAAAAGGGAAGAAGGUGUCGAGGGAGUGGCAGCGCCUGGGCCGGUAUAGUGCAGGAAUCAUGCGUAAGGAAGUGACAUUGUACCUGCAGAAGCUGAAAGAGCUGGAACAGAGGCAGGAGGAAGUGGUGAGGGAGAACCUUGAACUGAGAGAGCUGUGUCUCAUGUUGGAUGAAGAGAAGGGCUUAUCCACUGGUGGGUCAGCAGGCAAUGGGGGACCAGCCGGCUGCAGGAAUUCAAUUGAUAGCCAGAGCAGCCUGUCUCAUGCCAGUGGACCUGGGCCUGGACUACUGAGGGAUGUAGGUGAUGGGAGCAGUACCUCCAGCGCGGGCAGCACCAACAGUCCUGACCAUCUCACACAUAAACAGCAGCUGUUGGGUGGCCCAGCUGGAGGCAGUCCUGACCACCUAUAUAAGCCAGGCACAGGGGAGGAGGCAUUACGUUCCGAGCACACAGGCCGCAGGCAUAGCACCAGCCAGGAGUAUGCUGCACAUACCUUUCCCCAGGUAUGCAGGUCUCGCUGCGGGUCUUUCUCCAGUCCGGACCAUAAAGGCCUACGGGGGCUCAGUCCAGAGAAACUUGUCAACAGCCUGUCUAGGGGCAGCACAGAGCAGUUCUCAAAACACUUGCUGGUGUCCUCUCAACCUCCCAGCAGCCCCAACCUUUUGCAGAAGCACAGGGUGAGCAUGGGUAGUGUGUGUGGGAGUCCAGAGCCCAAACAAAUUCUAUCAGGGAUGCCAGAACACCUACAGAAAGGUCGUAUCAUAUCUGGGAGCCCUGAGAUGUUAAGGCAUCAGUAUGGCGGCAGCCACGAACACAGCAAGUUUGGCAGCCCGGGCCGAGAUGUAGCACAGAAGAGGACAGGGGGAGAGGAGAUGUCGCCUCAUCACCGGAGCAUCUAUACCGCUCUGAUAUCAGCUGGCUGUUGCACCAGCUCCUGUAGAAGUGUCAAGCUUUGGGACAGAAAACACACGCUGAUUGUUACUGAUCAUCCAUUUAAAGCAACAGCCGACAUCUCACACAACUCACGUGAAAGUUUUGAUGCCUCCUGACCAUUGCCUUGACUGGAUCCAGCGUUGGGACCCAGGCCAUGAAAAAGGAUCCCUGUGCUUUCAUGUCACCUGCAGUGACGAAGAGAUGGAAGGAGAGGAUAAAAAUAAAAUUAUUUAAGGACUAAACACUCUGUAGCAGCCAGCCUCUACCAUUGCCCCAUCAUGGUGAUUCCUGGUCUACUAAUACAACUUACAGCCCUGCACAACAAAGGCCUGAAAAAGGGAUUCCUUAGGAGUCAAACAGCUGGAAAUAACAAGAUUGCCAAAAGGAUUUCUCAAACGGGAGAGUUAAUUAUCUCUCUUUUGCCAACAAAAUAGACCUACCUCCAGAAAAAAUAAUUAUUAUUAUUUCGGACUGAGAGGCUAUUUUUGUUUACAGUUGCCAAAACACAGACGCAGUCAUCUGACAAAACCUUUGCACACAUAGGCAGACAUGUUUUAUCAGACUGGUCUAAUGGCUCUGAGAAUAAGGGCAACAUUUCUUAAGCUGUGUGUAGGUAAGAGCAAUACUGAGUGUCAGUGGCUUGCAAGUUUAAUUAGACAUUCUAAAUAUUAGCUGAAAUUUCAAUGAGAAUGACAUAUCGAUCACUGCCUGGCUUUCAUUUAUGGCAUAGUUCACCCAAAAAUGUAACUUUUUUACUCACCCUUAUGUUGUUACAAACAGUUUUCUUGUGUGAAUUUAUCUAGCAAAAUGUGUAAGGCGCUCUUCUCCAUACAAUGUUUGUGCAACAUAAGGGUAAUAAAAUUCAAGUUCUGUAAUCAUUUACUCAAAUGAUUACAGAACUUGAAUUUUGGGUCAGCUAUCCCUUAAUGAGCUGUUUGAGGACCUAUAUAUUCUGUGUUGUCUACCGUAUGUCAAUUUAACUUUUGAGAUGUCUAUAGUAAUUUAAAACUCUGCACUGGAACAGUAGGCGCACCAAAACACCUCUCCUGUCUCUCAAUAUCCCAUAACUGAUGUUUUUGAAGACACAGAGUGUUUCGUUGUGAAAGAAGCACAUAGAACGCUGCUGCUAUGAGCAAGACUUGUGUAGCCAGACGCAUAAGGCUUCCUUUGUGUCGAGUCCUCUUACUCCCCUUGCUGCCAAAAUCAAGCAUCCAAAUCACAAAGCUACAGUAUAUGGAAGCUUCCCAAAUCCUGACCAUUUCCAUACUUUGUGAAAUUGCCAAACCCAUUUAAUGGUUUACCAAUAAAAUGGGAUUUUGUUCUGCAUCUGUCUGUGGAUUCAAAAGGAAGGGUGGUCUUAUGGCUCUGUUAGAAAACCUUAUCUGUCUGGUUUUAAUAGAAAACACAUUCUCUGUUAAUUGACAAACAAAAUCACAGACUUGUCCACAUACAUCUUCCUUCUCUCCCACUGGUCAACAUAGACCACCAUCUUUUCAGGAUGUAUUCGACUGAACAUCUUCUGGCUGACCAUACAAAUCAUACACACAUUUGUUCUCUGUAUUGUUGUGUUUCAAUUAACCAAAUUUUAUACUUAUAUUUUUGCCCUCACUGAACAUUACUGACUUUUCCAAAGCCAACAUCACACACCUUGUAAACCAUUAAUCCUUCUGUAUAAAUACAGCAAAAGCAACUUGAUAAGUUCAUUAACCUGUGAUCUUUUUUAUUUUUGUUGACAGAUUAUGAGACAGAACAAAUAUUAAUAUAUAUACAUCUUUUAUGUAUUUAAAAAGUAAAGAGUAGUUUAAGGCUUAGUUUUUUACAUAUGAUAACUAUAAUUAUUAUUUUUG